CCUCCCCUACCGAGGCGGGCCCAGCGCGGAUCCCGCCCGCCGCUGCCGCGCUCCGGGCCCGGCUCCCUUCUCCCUUCUCCCUCCUUCCCCUUGCGCUCCGCUCCGGCCUGAAGCGGACGCAGCGAUGGCUCCGGCCGCUGACCGGGAGGGUUAUUGGGGCACGCCGACCUCCACCUUGGAGUGGUGCGAGGAGAACUACGCCGUCUCCUACUACAUCGCCGAGUUCUGGAACACAGUGAGUAACCUGAUUUUCAUUGUACCUCCGCUCUAUGGUGCAAUUCAGACCCAUAAAGAUGGCCUUGAAAAACGCUAUUUAGCUGCAUAUUUGUGUCUUACAGCUGUGGGAUUGGGAUCUUGGUGCUUCCACAUGACCCUGAAGUACGAAAUGCAGCUGUUGGAUGAGCUGCCAAUGAUAUACAGUUGUUGUGUGUUUGUCUACUGCCUGUAUGAAUGUUUCAAGUACAAGAACACAGUCAAUUAUCCACUGCUUUUCUUGUUAAUAACAUACAGCUUCGUAGUCAGCAUAGUUUACUUGAAUUUGAAAGAGCCUGUAUUCCAUCAGAUCAUGUAUGGAACGCUAGUUUCCAUUAUAGUUCUACGAUCUGUUUAUAUAGUAUUAUGGGUAUACCCAUGGCUUAGAGGUCUAGGCUAUACAUCUUUAACUGUAUUUUUAAUGGGAUUUUUUCUCUGGAAUGUGGACAACAUUUUCUGUGAUAAAUUGAGAGCAUUACGAGAGAAGAUGCCUCCUGUUGUGGGAGCUGUGACGCAGUUUCAUGCAUGGUGGCAUAUUCUCACAGGCCUGGGCUCUUACCUUCAUAUCCUGCUGAGUUUAUACACAAGGACACUUUUCCUGAAACACAGGCCAAAGGUGAAGUUUGUCUUUGGAAUCUGGCCUAUUCUUCUUGUGGAACCACCCAAGAAGCUUUGACUGAGACCCAAGCAGUCACCUGCCAUCACCUAGCCUGGCUGAAUAAAGAGAUUCAACAGUUCCUAUGGCUGAAGUGUCAAACUUAUGGAUCAGUUCAAGCACCAUUGCUACAAAAGGACUUCUCUGUGUUCCCAGGCCAGCACAGAGCAAAAAGUUGGCACACUAGGGAAAUAAUGUUUAGUACAGCUUUAUUCUAAGUUGUUAAAACAAAGAUUAAGACACAAAUAUUUUUAUGUAUAUAUUGUAUAGCUGAUGAUACUGAGCUAAUAUUUCGUGCUGGUCACAGAAAACUAACCAUUUUUGAAGUGGAAUUGCAGAUGUUUUUCAUUCAGUUGUUCUUUCUGUGGUUGAAACUAAUAUUAGUAACUGAAUGACAAAGGCAGGCCAUUGAUGGCCAAGCUGAGCAGUUGUGUGGCCUAUAGUGAACUGAAUGCUUAACCCGAACUACUUUAAUCUUGCACUUUUAUACAACUAAUGAAGUAUAUAAUGAUUGAUUUAGAGCUUUAUUCUAUCCUGCUUUUCCACAGCCUCCUUUGCCAUUUAUAUUUGAAGCAAAGCGGUUGGGAUACCUGUGCCAUUUAGUUCCUUUUGUACAAAGCUUCCAUUUUCUCUUUAGUCCAACUGAAUACAUCAUGGAAGAUGUUCCAAAGUGACCAGCAGAAGAUGCUUAAGAUGGUGAAGCAAUAUAAGGGUUCUUGCUUGUGUGUGGAAACUGAGUUCCUCAUUUGUUUGACCAGUGAUCCACCAGGAGACUGCAGGGUGACUGUAUUAACACAAGAAACACUUUUGUUAUGUUUUAUAAGUAUUACUUCCAUACCUUUUCUACCAUUACUUUUCACUCCCCAUGUCCCAUUCAUACCACAGAUUGACAAACACCUCCAAUGUGUGCUUUGAAUUCAUCUCUUCCCCUUAUUUGAUGAGUCUUAAAUACUGGUCUGACUUUCAGAAGCAUCUUCUUACCCAGACAUAUUGAAAGAAAGAGUAAAGAACAAGGUGGAUAUAUGAAAUUGGCAGCACUUCACUUCCUCUGCAUCUGUCCAUCACAUGGUUACUCUGUGGAAAGUUGACCACCUUUUGGAGACCAAGCUUUGGGGGAUUAAUGGAGGGGACAGACUCUGGUUUGUGCCCUUUUAUCUACCCAGAUGAUGAAAAUUAGUAAGAAAGCAUAAAGAAAACAUUGAACUAACACAGUUCUUCCAAAUAUUAUGCCUCAUAUUGGAAGCUGUGGGUUUGACUUCAGAGCUUGGGACAGCUAUCCCACAGAGUCUAUCUCUGGGUCUGUUAGCUGCCAUGCUAUGCUGUUGCUGUCUGCUUUUGAUGCUCUGAGGGAUUUAUCCUUCUUGCCAUGAAGAAAUAAAAGGGAAAUGCUCAGACUCGUCAGAAACCCCACUCAGUAUUGAUUUAAAACAUGCCCAAAACAGCAAAGCGUGGGAUUAUAGCUACAACUGUCUCCCAGACCACAAAGUCAUGGCUGUUGUACAAUCAGUGCUGAUUCAAAUUGUCUCCUCCAUUAAUGUUUCCUCCUUUAAUGUCUUUUUCUCCUGUUUGCAGCUCAGCUGCAUCUUCUGUGUCCAUCAGUAGCGCUGCCACUGAUGUGAAUCUCCAAACAAGACCACUGCUUUUCUUACGUGACUGACCCUGGACUCUUGGGAUCAAACAGACCCAAACUCGGGUCUAGAAAAAGAUACAUAACCUUGAGUGACUUCAGUGAGCUUUAAGCACGUGCUGAGAGCAGCACAUUUCAACCUAGAAAGCACUACAAAGACUCCUGAAGGAUAAUGUUAGAACAGAUUUGUUGUCUGUAGGUUCCAGUUCCAUAGCCAAGGUCAGCAUCUGUGUGUGAUCUUCAGACAGAAAGAGGUCGGAAUUAGAGCACAGAGGAAGGAAAAUGCUGCCUUGGAUCAAGUGUCUUUAUUUAUAUAUUUUGUAAAGAGAUUUGAGAACUGUUCUAAAAAUGUAGCUUAAAAAGAAGUGCCUGCCUAUUCCUCUCCAGGCUCUCAAGCAUGCUUCUGCACAGUGCAUCUGAUUGUCUUAUUUAGUCUAUAUUUAGUUUACAUGUUUUCCUAAGUUAGGGAAAGAGUCCCAUAACAGGGACAUUGCAGCAAGACACAUCAACAGUCAGUUGUGACGUCUACUAAGGAUGAGAUUAUCCUUAAGAAUAUGAACAAACCCUUUAUUUUAGUGGCCUUAGUUUUGUUACUGGAGGAUGUGGGGGCUCUAGUUGGUUUCCCUGUAAAUGAGGAACCAGAUCAUGCUGAAAAGCCACUUUAUUAUUGAUAAAGCAUCUCUAUAAUGGUUUAUAUUAAAGAAGCUUAUUGAUUUUCCUACACAUUUGCAACUAGAAAGUGUAUUUUUUCCCCAGAUCCUGUUGAACUGAAUUGUCAGGGUUUAAGAAACAAAGGUGGAAAAGCUCUUGUUUGAAUUUCAUGCUGCUGUUAGCUUUUCAUUCAAGUAUUGUCACUGAUGCUUUUAUCUUUAAAAGGAAUUAUUAUGUAGAUUGGCUUCUUUCUUCAUUCCAAACAACCAAAACCAUGCACACCUCUACCACCCUUCCAGCAGCCUUUGUUACAGGUUAUGUUAGACCCUGAAGAAUGUAAUUUCUAUGUGUUAUUCUCUAUCCUAUAAAUAACCUAAAGUGAUGGGUGCUUUGGUUUGACUGCCUUACUGAUCUUGGGAGUGAUACUGAAGCUCGUUUUAACUGGGUGUCACUGAGAUUUAGACUGCCUUUUCUUGUGCCUGGAAAGACAUCUUUAUUCCUGUGAUGUGUUAAAUGUCUGUUAAAUUGCUUUAUAUUUAUAUCACUUGUAAGACUUGCUGAUUUCUUUCCCUACAAACCUUGGAUCAGCACAUCCCAAACUUUUCUUGCACUACAUCUUGUAUCUUUGAUCCCGUUUUUUGAGUAGGAUUCAGACAACAGCUACUUAAAGGGGUAUUAGGGAAGUAGCGUGUGUUGUUUACUAUCAGUCCUAUGGGAUGUGUUGGACAGACUUGAUAACAAUGAAUUCUUUUAUUCUUUAACAUCUAUGAAGAACCAGGACAUCUGCCACUUUACGACCAUCAGUUUGGCACAGAUCAGCAGCAAGCAGUUCUGCAGACCAUGAGUUGAAUAAUUCUUCCUUGGAAAUAAGAGGAAAACCUCAAAAUUACUCUCCCAGUACAGAUCAACACCAUACCUUAUGCUGGGAAUCUAGAUUUUUCUGGAUACAGCUCCAGACACGCAUUAUCCAUAACAGAAGAUAAGACAUAAACAGAAAUGUGCCAUCAGAAGGCAUCUCAUCUGUGUUUGGAUGCAGCGUUGCUGGCUUGCGGUAUUAGUUAUCUCUGGACUUCAUUUUCACCUCUGGACUUCACUGUAAUGCUUUUCCCUCUAGCACAGGGAAGAUGUGCUAGCUACUAGGGUCGAGAAGAGCACCCCAGAGUGAGAAUUGGGACAUGCAGUCGAUCACUUGCCAAUCUACCUCUGUCAUGUGUUGUAUUAUACCUGUGCCCUUAAUUCUAUCUGCCUGAACGUGCUGACGUUAGAGCAGCCUCACUUAGACCAUGCAACAGUAUUAUACUGAGCUGUGGCUGACUGUGCACUCUCCAUAAUCAGCUUGUUCAGUGUCUGCCACUCUUAGGUUGUGCUCAGCCUGUGGUUCAUCUAUGUGGAGAAGUCUGGCAGCUUUAGAAAGACACAUGAGUAGGAGGACUUUAAUUCAGAUGUGUGAAGUGAAACCUUCUGGGCAGUUAAGUUACAUUUAAAGCUAAGAUGCAAACAGUAUCACUUGGUUUACAUGAUUUUGGGAGGGACGUGAUAAAAAGUACUGGUUUAUAAUUAGUUUAUAAUUCUCUUUUAAUCUAAUAUUGUGCUGUGCUUAUUCCUGGGCCUGUCUUGUUUUGCUGAAGCAAAAUUGUAUGAUUUAAAAGGUGGCCGAUUCUUUUGGCUGUUGUACAUUUGCUUUCAACACCUGGUUUUAAACAACUGGAUGAGUUCUUCAGCCAGCUCUUCCCUGUGAGACUCUCGGCAACAGAAAAUCCUCCCAGAUAUCCCAGACUGGUUUGGGUUGGAAGGGACCUUAAAGCUCAUCCAGUCCCAACCCCGGCCACAGGCAGGGACCCCUUCCACUGGAGCAGCUUGCUCCAAGCCCCUGUGUCCAACCUGGCCUUGAACACUGCCAGGGAUGGGGCAGCCACAGCUUUUCUGGGCACCCUGUGCCAGCGCCUCAGCACCCUCACAGGGAAGAGCUUCUGCCUAAGAGCUCAGCUCAGUCUCCCCUCUGGCAGGUUAAAGCCAUUCCCCUUGGCCUGUCCCUACAGGCCCUUGUCCAAAGCCCCUCUCCAGCUUUCCUGCAGCCCCUUUAGGUAUUGGAAAACUGUUACAAGGUCUCCCUAUACCACUAGUGCUCCUCACAGUCACAACUACCUUGUUACAUCUGCCUUCAAGUAUUCCAGUAUUACUGCUGCUUUUAAAGCUGUUUGUGGUUGUGGGUUUGGCAUUUGAUAGCCGGCGCUACAUCAAUUCAAUCCACCACUUCUCUAGUGGAAGAUGAGCUGUAACGAAGCAGCACUGCUGUGUUCUUCAGCACACCUCCUGAUCCAGAACGCACCAUUUUGCAUAUGGAAUGUGCACCCCACAAUUUAAAUUAGCAUAGUCAGGUAAAAGGUUUGCUUUAAAGAAACCCCAUCUGCACUUUGUAAGCAGGUGGUGGGAGGCUUUAACUGCCAAGUGCUGUUGAACUGUGUGAUUUAGUAUGGAGGGGAAUAAGUGAUGGAGUCCUUAUUACCCAGAACAAGCGAAAAGCCAGGAGAUUAAGAAAUCUUACAUGGGAAGAGAAUAACAGAGAUUAAGCACAGAACCCCAUGUAUUAAGACAACCACCCUCCUGGUUCCUGCACUUUAGACACUUGUGUAACGAGCCUGAAUGAUUUGUUAUUUAUACAUUUAACUUUUCAUGCACUCUUUACCCUAGAAGUGAUGUGCUCUCUAUGACAUUCGGUUCAUUGCAGGUUACUUAGCUGCUGUUUUAUGAGGAUGGAUUGUUUCAUACAUAAAUGCAUUUCUUACCCAUCUGGAAUGUCCUCUGCCAGUUUUGGGUGUCCAUAACGUAACUACAGAGAAUAUACUGCCUGUUACGACUGGGUUUGGGUUUCUUUGUUCAGCUUCUCGCUCAUAGCUGCCAAGUGCCUGAUCUCUCUGUCACAGGUCUCUUUUUGAGCAAUGAGGCUGUGUUUUCUAUUGGGGUCCCUAACACAAGGUCCUUGAUAGGUGGGGGUCAGUUUGGGUUUGGUUAAAGUUCUCCCAUUGAAGUCACAGCACUCCUGUUAGUCACUUUCCAGAGCCAUAUGUGGCUGCCUCUGCUUGGCUCAGCCUUGAGCCUCACUACCCCACCCCACAUCCCUGAUGCUGUUGCAUCCUUUCAGGUUUGAAAGCUGGCUGAGGGAUUUAGCCCCACAGCUGUUUAUUCAGUUCAGUGAUGGGCAGUGUGAGAGCGCAGCAACCAAGCAAGCACUUCAUGCAGAGCCCCAUGACUGGAACUCCACACAGGACUGGGGACAUGGGGGUUCGUAUGUACCAUUCUGAGGGCAGGGUUAAUGCCUGAACCUCUCCCUUUACUUCAGAACUCUCCCUUUUUACUUGUUGAACGUGUUUAGAUUUGAUGAGGCAUGGAAUUGCAGAUUUAAGAAGAACCAAGCUCAGAAUCCAGCUAAUGCAAGACCCUAAACCAGUGCUUGCAAGUGUUUUUUGCGCAUGCUUCACAGGAGUUGUAUCUGCUUGAUGGUUAGAGCAGAUUGUUGAGACAUUAAAAUGCAAAGAUAAAAGGUCUCUUGAUCAUCUGUCCACAGGAAUAGCUGUAAGCACAGUCUCAUACAUCCUUCUUUCCCUAAUGCUGUGGAACGCUCUGUUUCUCCAAAACUAAUGUGGAAUAGAAAUAGGCUUUCACACAUAGAAUCAUAGAACGGUUUGGGUUGGAAAGGACCUUAAGAUCAUCCAGUUCCAACCCCCCUGCCAUGGGCAGGGGCACCUCACACUAAACCAUGGCACCCAAGGCUCUGUCCAGCCUGGCCUUGAACACUGCAAGGGAUGGAGCAUUCACCACUUCUUUGGGCUCAUAGAACAUCAUGUACUGACAUGCUGUCUAAAUUGAAGCCUUGGUCGGUCACUGUGGUGUGUACGCUGUUGCUCCCUAGAUUUUGGAAGAGGGAGUUUCAAGCAACAUAAGCAGCGAGUUCCUCCUUAGACAGAACAGGAUCUGAUUUUUCUCUUGAUCUUCUAAGUUGACAUUGUUUGAUGUUGACUGUUGAACUCAGCUGAAUGCACUGAUGAUGUUUACUGUCUUAGCAAAUAACAUCUGUCCACCUGUAAUGGACAUGGAAUACCCCGUGUUAACAUGACCAAACUUCCUAAUAUUGACACUAUGCUAACGUGGGGUUUUCCUCGAGUUCAAUAUAUCAUUGCAGAUGGCUGAUGACACUGUGACAGAUGAACAGCAGUUGACUGAAAACAGCUCCAUUGAGCAAUGUUUAUUGACCAUUUUCAUAUACUGAACUGACUCUUCGUACCAAACCAGCUGGUGACUAACAUUAGCCUUAUAUGUAUCAGCAGAUCUUGUUUUGCAAAGCACAGUAGCUUUGGAAUAGUUGCUGUCUUUCCUUUGUUAUUCCUGCUGCAGUCGAGCACUCAUUUGUGUCUUUGGAGUUGAAAUUAUUAAAGAGGUUUGGUUUAAA